CAAACUUAUCUGAAAUGUCAAAAAAAAAAAACAUUACUUAGAAAAUUUCAAACAUAACAUACGACAAGGAUAGGAAACAUAAAAAGGACCUCAAAUAAUGGCGAACCACGGACACUAUAUCGAGAGGAAUGGUACCAUUAGAGCCGCCGGUUUGCCCUCCUUCGGUCCUGAUAGGAUGACACCCAAGGAUUGCCUGAUCAUAGCUCAUCCAGCUGAGAUCAUACGCAGUCGUAUAGAGGAGAAGUGUAGGAGGAGCAGGGAGAAGCCCUACGGAAGACUACAGCCAUUUAUUCCGGACAGCAAAAUCGAUGAUGUUCUCAACAGUGAAGCUCAAAAGACGCGACUGGCGGCCUUCAAGGAGCAGUUUCUCGAGGACAUGUACUCCAAAUACACAAAAACUGCCCAAAUAAGACCAACGCACUCCAAACCGGAUGAUGUGACCAAUUUAAGUCGAACUUUUGGACGCGCCAAUCCACCAGCUGAAACUUUAUAUAACACAGUAUUACCGAGAAAGUCGGUCGAUCAGGUUAAUCGAGAAUAUAGCGAUUUUCAUAGGGGUCAUAUUGUCAGUCACAAUCAUUAUUUUCCCUCGGAACAGAUCAAUCGAAGAUAUACAAAACCCUUCAAUCGUUCUGGAAUUUAUGGCAUAUAUCGAGGCGCCGAGAACAGUGGCGCCACGAUGAAGAAAUGCUUGAUGCAAGGUGAUGAGCAUUUAACUGUGGUAACUAAGCCCUGGAUGGAUUACGUCGAACUCACCAAAAGUCCUUUGGGAAAAAAAUUCGAAAAAUACCUCGAUGCAGUUCCGGACAUGCCUUUUGGCCAUCGCCCUCGCACGGAUAAAUGUAGCAUCAAAAUGUUGCUGAAGGACAUUAAUCCCUGUGAAGAGGACAACACUUUAGCGACGGCAUUAUCCUAUUUGCUUAGACUGCGCGAGAGUCUUCAUAAGCGGAAUGAUUUUUACAUGAUGGAUCUGAUUGCAUUGCUGGAGAGGAUCGAUAAGGAGCACACUGGCCAUAUGCCUCUAUCCCAGAUCCUUGAAACUAUGUACAAGUUACAUAUCCGAGUUGAUAAGGAAAAAAUCCGAACUAUGCUAUCACACUUCCGGAAAAUCAUCGACGAAGGCUGUGCCACGGAGCGGGUGAACUACGAUCAUUUUUGCCGACUGCUAUCGGUCCAGCAUCCAUUGCCGGAUGGUGGAUCCAUUGCCACUGUCCCGGCUAAUAUGUACAACAAGGAAACCACCUAUACGGGACUGUGUAAUGAUCGUUUCAAAGAUGUUCCAGUCGGGAUAGUAGAUACAUGGCCAUGCUGGACUCCAUACCAAAAAGAUGAUUUCAAAACACAUGUUAAGGAAAUCAUAGAACCGGAUCUCCCCAUCAAAAUUGGCGUGAGACCCAGUGAUUUCACAUGUCCAAGGAAAAAGGAUGAAUUGGAGAGGAUCUUUGAAAAAAUCAUCAAAAAUGAGGAAUUCGAAAGUAUUUGGCAGAGUCUGAUGGCGGAAAAGAAGGGUCAGGAUCUGGGAGAAAUGGCUUCAGUGGCAGAGUUUCGUGAUAAGAUGCUGAAUAAAAAAGUUAACACUACUUAAAAAAUUCUUUAACAUUAAUUUACAACAUUAUAACAUUAUAACAUUAUCAUACCAUUACGCAAUAAUAAAAGAUAAAAAAGAAAACCAU